CACCACCACGCCUGACGAUUGCAGGGAUUAUUAAACCAUGGGAGGUGCUGUAUGUGCCGACUAGAAAGGUGAUGGAAAUACCCAGAGGUACAGGAGAGCGAAAUCCUGACAGCAAUAGCUAUCAAGCUGAUCUGCAGGGCUGGGGAUUUAGCUCAGUGGCGCCAUGCCUGCCUCGAAAGUGCAAGGUCCUGAGUUCGAUCUAUGGUACAGAAAACAAAACAAAACAAAACAAGCUGGUCUGCGCCCUAGAUGUCCCUCCACCCCCCUGAAAGUGUGUGGGAAGGGGAUUGAUCCUAGGUGCUCCCCACCCCCAUCCUCUCUGUCCUCACCUGGCUAGCCUGCCGGCUCCAUACCUUCUGUCCCGCCCCUUCUCCACCCCCAUCAGCGUGCACCCUGUGCCCAACAGAACUAGAGGUUCCCAGGCUGUUGGGAGAAGGCCUCCAUGCCUUAUGUGGUCCAAAGAGGGUCAGGUUCCUCCUGCUCCCAUUUCUUCCCAUUUCCCGGCACAGACUUCCUGUGCCCCAGCUCUGGCUGCUUCUGGGGAAUCAGGGUCUGAAUUCUACCACCUCCAGCAGAGAAAAGACAGUGCUGGGGAAGAGUUCAUUUAAAUAGUAACCUCUGCCUCUAUGUCAUCCAGCUUCAUGAUUUGGUAGAAGAACAGGGGUCUUACCUCCUCCCAUUAAGAUAUAGAGCAGGGCUGGGGUGCAGCUGAGUGGAGAGUAUUUGCCUGACAUGCAUGCGGUCGUGAGUUCAUCACCACACACACAGAAUAUACUAGGUUACAUCUGACAGUAUGACAGGAACUGGCUCUAAGUGUGCUGCAAGGUACCAAGGAGCUCAGAGUCACCUGGCUGGCUCCCAUCAUGACCUGCUGUGGCCUGGGUUAAGUACUGGGACCUGAGAGCCAGGAAGGGUGAGGGGUAGGAUCUAUAUAGAGACUCUUCUCUGGGUCUGGCCCAGCCUGUGGCCAAAGGCAGGGAUCCAGCCACAGUUCAUCCUACAGCUUGAUAGUGUUCCAGAAAAUGGGCAGGCAGACAAUCAGAGCCAGAUCAGGACCCUGAGGCCAUAGGGGCUGAGGGCUGUGUCCCCUUUCCUCCUGAUGAGGAAGGCCAUACUAGUUAGUAGUGUCAGGCAGGGAUAACAGAACUGGGGUAUCAUGGAGCAGCCCUGCCAACAAUGGCAGACACUGGCUUCCCCUCCUGCUCUCAUGCUAUCCUGUGGCUUGGCAUCCAGUCUGUGGUCAGGCCUCCCUGGGCUCAUCCUACACCUCUCUCAGGACCAGGGAGUGUGCAGAUGUGCUGUAUGCACCUGCUCUGAUUCCCUGGCCCUUGGUCAAGGAGGGGUGGGCCUGGGCUUAGUAAUGUCCUGUCCUGGCUCAAGAAGCCCUAAGGAGAGAGAGGUCCAUGGUGGCCUGGGGAAUAUACAUGGCAUACAUUCUGCCUGAGGCUUCACCCCACUUGUGAAGCACUUGUAAUGUCUUCUGUGGGGCAUGCACUGAUGGGAGUCACAUACUGCUCUCAAGAAGCUCACAGACUCUGUGGGAGCUGCUAGGACACCUGCCAAGAACAGAGGUUCUAAGUGCAAUAUAUUGGGCAAGUCCUUGAUCUCACUGAGCCUCACUUUCUUCACCAAUAGCAGAGUGGUCACCUUGCCUUACCCAGCUUACCAGAUGUAGAUGAAAGUAUUCUGUGCAAAGAAAAAGCCGGGACCUUUCCCUCAGGAUGGCCACGUUGCUGCGGGUUGUGCUCCUCAGGGUGUCUGCUGCCCCACUGCCCCCUGCACCUGUCUAGAAAAGGAGCCUGCAAAUCUAGGAGCCACCAUACUCCCUGCUCUCAACCAUCCGCCUCUGGGUUAGGCUGUGGCUGGGCUGGGCUAAUUCUGCACCUCUGCGGAUCAUGUAGGUGCCUCUCUAGCUGGGGCAGGAUUGUGCAUUGUGCAAGGUGAGGGUCACCUUGGAGCUGCACUUCCUCUGGGUCCUGGUCUGACUGCUGUUACACACCCCGAAUGGGCUGACGGCUCAUGCACACCUUGCCAAUAACUCCUACAAGAGGAGACAGACAGUGCUAUAGAGAACUGUUCUUUCAUGCUGCUGCUGCUGGUGGUGUGGGGCUAUAAACUUCUUGCAGGGAAGGAUGUGGAUGCACAGAUGGGCUUCUGGGGUUGGUGGGUGGGUGUAGAGCCUGUGGAGGGUGUGUCGCUCCUGGAGGGUGAGCACGUCGUGGUCUGUGUGCAUGUCUGCUUCCUUUUCUCAUCUUUAUCACUAAUCAGUCUUGUAUAACCAGGCCAGUGCGGCUUCCUGCUUAGGGGCUAUCUGUGAGCCAUCUGUAGCUACAAAUGGGGUGACAGGGCGUCAGCAGCUUCUCCACAGGCAGGCACUUCCUGAUACCUACUGGUCUGCAGCAAACCACUAGCUCCCCAGGGAGCUAGGUAUCCCAGGGCUCAGGGCCUUGCCAUUCUCAGUGCACCUGGGCCAGGUAGUUUAGGCAGUGUCAUCUGUUGCCAUCCUCAUCCAUGUUCUGGGGCAGAACCCUGGGAUGGGUCUUUAGGGCAGAGAAAGAGAGUGUGGAUACCUAGAGGUUGGCUGUAUGACCUUGGGCAAGAUGCCUCCCCUUCUUGGAGACUCUAUUUCCUUCUUAUAAACAGGGCUACUCUUUGCAUGGCUAUUGUCAGAACUAAAGUAGCAUGGGAGGCACCACUGAGGAGCUCUGUGAAUCUGCCUGUGGCUGUUAGUAGUAACUGGUUCUCCCAACCCUAACUGUCCUGUGGUUGACCCUGGACCCUGGGGGCAGGGGGAUGAGCUGGCAGAGGUUGUAGGUCUCAGAAAGGGGCCUUCUAGGCAGACAUAGAGGCAUAGUCUCAGAGUCCAGGACCUGGCAGAUCUGAGUCUGAGCCAGGAGUCUGGUCAGGUCAAGUGACCCUUCUGAGUUUCAGCUUAUGAUCAGUGAAGCUUGGACAGAGGUGCUCAGCCUCUUUCACAGGACACGGCCAGGGCAUAUGUGGUUGCCCCACUCAGAGCCUUUGCUGAGGAGGGUCUCAUGGGGAACAGCUUCCCAGAAUGGUGCCUAGCACAGGCCCCUCAAUCCAGUCCCUUGCAGGUUGGACCUUGGAGAGUGAGGCCCUGAUUCAAGAUGUGGGCACCUGGCUCCUGCUCUGUACCUGUGUCUGCUGGGGAGUCUCUGUCCCAGAGGAGGGAGGAGAGACAAGGGCUGAAACUUUCACCUGCCUCACCAACUACAUCCUCAGGAUUGAUUGCCAUUGGUCUGCCCCAGAGUUGGGCCAGGGCUGUGGCCCCUGGCUCCUCUUCACCAGCAACCAGGCACCUGGCAGCAAGCACAAGUGCAUCUUCCAGGGUAGUUCAUGCACUGUGGUGCUGCCGCCCGAGGAGGUGCUCCUGCCUUCUGACAACUUCACCAUCAUUUUCCACUACUGUGUCUCUGGGAAGGAGCAGGUUAGCCUGGUGGACUCGGAGUACCUGCCCCGGAGACAUGUUAAGCUGGAUCCUCCCUCUGACUUGCAGAGCAACACCAGCUCUGGCUCCUGUGUCCUGACCUGGAGCAUCAGUCCUGCCCUGGAGCCGAUGGCCGCACUUCUCAGCUAUGAGCUGGCCUUCAAGAAGCAGGAAGAGGCCUGGGAGCGGGCCCAGCACAAGGACCACAUAGUUGGGGUGACCUUGCUUACCCUUGAAGCCGUUGAGUUGGACCCUGGCUCCACUUAUGAGGCCAGGCUGCGUGUCCAGAUGGCCAUGCAGGAAGAGGACAUGGCAGAGGAGGAGUGUCAUGAGGGCCAGUGGAGCAAGUGGAGCCAGCCUGUGUGCUUCUUCUCUCCCCAACCACAUGCCCUGCCCACAGGCCUCUUGAUUUCAUCUGAGAAGUGGCCAGAGACCGCCCUUGUUGCUGUGACCAUCUUUCUUCUGCUGACUGGCCUGACCUACCUCCUGUUCAAGCUGUCAUCCAGGAUGAAGAGAACUUUCUACCAGAACGUGCCCUCGCCAGUGGCAUUCUUCCAGCCCCUCUACACUGAGCACGGUGGGAACUUCCAGACCUGGACAGAGGCCCACAGGGCUGGUCCACAACCAACCCAAGACUGCGAUAGCAUUCCACAAGGAGCCUCAGAAUCCGGUGUGUGGGAGGCCAUCGCACUGCUCACUUACGGCCCAGCAUGGCCCUGGCAGCCCUCAGGCCUGGAGGGCAAAGAGAAUCCUGGCUCUGGCCUCCCAAAAUCCUGGAGCUUAGAGGAUGUGCUGCCAGCAGGGUGUGUGGAAUUGGAAGGACAGCCAUCUCCCUAUCUGCCACAGGAGGACUGGGCCCCCAUGUCCUCCACCAGACCAGCUUCCCCAGACUCAGAGGGUGGCAGCGGUGACUACUGUGUCCUGGAUUGCUAUGGGGGUUGCCACCCCUCAGCCCUCCCAGGAAACACGCAGAGUCCCAUGCCCCUCCCGGCCUUGGCCUGUGGCCUUUCCUGGGUCCAGCAGGGUUUGGAUGCCCAGCAGAGAGGUGCCUGUGAGGGAGCUGCUCACAGUCAGGGUCAUGGGCUGCCUGAGGACCUCUAGGGAGUUUUGCUGCCUCCUGUUCUGGGCAUGCCAUAGGCUCAUCCUGGAAGUCUAGAACCCUGAGUCACCCAGAUGCAUCAUGUCCAUUUUGGGAAAAAUGGGCUAAAAUUCCUGGACUGACCCUUAGCUGGGACUGGACCCCUCGAGAAGGGGUGCUGUGCAGGGGUGAGAGGCACCCUGUCUGGAUGGAGGCUCCUUACCCCCUCUGCUCACCCCAGCAUCCAACAGUUAUCCCUCCCUUCCCCACUCCCCUUCCCAGCUUCAUCCCAGCCUGUUCUGCCCAGGGGACACAGGUGAGACACCAUGCAGGUGGAGCAUUCUCUUUCUAUGCUUCUUGUGGCACCUUCCACACAGAGGUUAAAAAGGACAUCUUGUCUGUUCCAGAUUGGAUGGCUGGGGUAGGGAUUGUAGAUGAGAGGGAUUUCUGGGCUCCAAGAACAGCAGGGAGAAAGCUCAGUGAUCCCAAGGGAAUGACCCUGGACUCAGUGAUGGUCCAUGGAGGCCAACCUCUUGCGCCUCCUUGUCUUCACCCUCCACUGGUUCUGGGAGCCUGAGGAGCCUGGUGGAGAAGUCAGGCUGAGAAGUCAGGGUGGGAAGGGGCCACUGGGCAUGGCCACGGCCUGUGAAGAGCCUUGCUUCCACCCCACCCUGUUGUGGGGUGCACUGGGGAGACAGCUGUGGUCUGGGGAGUGGUACAUAAAGCAGAAUGUGCCUGUGUUGUUUUCCUAGGGCUGCUCUAGCAAAAUACCACAAACUGGGUCUCUAAGAAACAGAAGUCUACAGAUACUCUGCUGGGCUUGCUUUUGUAGGUUCUCUUUUUUCUUCUCUUCUCUUUUCUUCUUCUCCCCCUCCCCUCUCUCUUUCUUCCCUAACAGCUUUUAGUAUUUUCUCCUUUUUUAGAAUUUCUGGAAUUUUUUUUUUUUUUUGGUACCGGGGAUCGAACUCAGGACCUUGCACUUGCAAGGCAGGUGGUGGAACCACUGAGCUACAUCCCCAGCUGGAACUUUAUGAUUUGUGGAGAGGUUCUUUUCUGGCCAUGGGUAUUUGAGGCUCCAUAUGCCUCUUAUACUUGAAUACUGAAUUCUUUGCCUAGAACUGGAAAUUUUUCUGCUAUGAUUUCAGUGAAUAGAUUUUGUAUACCUUUUGAGUCAUCUUCUAAUUUUUCAUUUAUUCCUAUAAUUAGAGGGUUUUUUCUUUUCUUUCUUUUUUGUUAUCUAGCAGUUGCUGAAUCCAGCUUACAUGGUAUCUUGUCAUUAUUAGGGUAUCACUGAGUUUAUGAUUUACUACAUCCACCUUGCCUUCUAUUUCUGACACUGUUUUCAUAUGGGUCAAAUCUGUUACCCAUACUUUCCAUUGAAUUUUUCAUAUUAUCUAUGUCUGCUUGCUAUUUUCCAGACUUUCUAAUUCUUUACCAAAAUGGUCUCAGUUUAUUGUUUGUUUCCUCCCCUCCUCCUUCUUUUUGAGAUAGGGCCUCCCUAUGCAGUUCAGGUUGACCUUGAACUCACUAUGUAGCCAAGGCUGGCCUCGAACUUGCAGUGAUCUUCCUCCAUCAGCCUCUGGGUGCUGGG